AUGGUGGAGUGUGGCUCUCUUCAGAGAGAGGGUGUCUGUAUUAGAAGUGUGGUUGAAUUGGAGAUCUUUGUAGUAUUAAAGUCUUCAAAGACUCUCUGUGAGGAACCAUUGAAGUGGGAUCCUAAUCGGAGAGCAGCCUCGUGGUUGUCUAAGAAGAUCCAGAGAUCUGUGGCCAGUUUGGUUGAUGCUAGAGUGAGGGCUUUUGCUGCCCCUGCUACUGCGGCUGUGGCUUCUGCAUCGAACACUUCUGCACUUUGUAGCGCUAAUGAGAAAGAAUGGUGUGCUAUCUGA